GUCCAUCACUCGCCGCAUCUCGAGCAGAACGGAGCUCCACCAAGAACCGAGAAUAUAGAACUGUAGCUGCAUCUCGAGUGAAAUCGAAAAAAACCCCCUUAACGUAUUCCAUAUCCACCGGAAACUCCAGCGAAAGUUCUAGAACUCCAGUGAAAGUGCCAAAAGAAGCUCCGAAGUGAAAGUCAUCUAAGAAACCAAAGAUAUGCAGAAAAUGAAUUUACAUGUGUGCGCCUUAGCGCUGCUGCUGUUCGGCAGUAUCGCCACUGUCCGCGGAAGAGCCGUGGACCUGGUAGACGAUAGCAACGAUGUGGACAACUCCAUCGAGACGGAGGACAAGCCCCGGGACCGAGCCUUCGACGCCGACUGGCUCAAGUUCACCAAGACGCCGCCGACGAAGCUGCAGCAGGCGGAUGGUGCCACCAUCGAGAUCGUUUGCGAGAUGAUGGGCUCCCAGGUGCCCAGCAUCCAGUGGGUGGUGGGUCACCUGCCCCGCUCGGAGCUCGACGACCUGGACUCCAACCAGGUGGCCGAAGAGGCGCCCAGUGCCAUUGUGCGCGUCCGAUCCUCGCACAUCAUCGAUCACGUGCUGAGCGAGUCGCGCACCUACACGUGUGUGGGACGCACUGGCUCCAAGACGAUCUACGCCAGUACUGUGGUGCAUCCGCCACGAUCCUCUCGCCUCACGCCGGAGAAGACCUACCCUGGUGCCCAAAAGCCGCGCAUCAUCUACACCGAGAAGACCCAUCUCGACCUGAUGGGCUCCAACAUCCAGCUGCCCUGCAAGGUGCACGCUCGUCCCCGGGCCGAGGUCACCUGGCUGAACAACGAGAACAAGGAGAUCGUCCAGGGACAUCGCCACCGGGUCCUGCCCAGCGGCGAUCUCCUGAUCUCGGACAUUAAGUGGGAGGACAUGGGCAACUACAAGUGCAUAGCCCGGAACGCAGUGGGCAAAGACACCGCCGACACCUUCGUGUAUCCCGUACUUGAUGAAGACUAAAGAUCCCACCACCACAAUAAGAAACAAAAAGGCUAUUGGAUUGACGACGGGAAUUCAUCUAGUUAGUUAGAUAGAUCAAAUGCCUUCGAAGAUGCGUGAAAAGAAAAAGAAAAUAUGCUUAGAGAAAAAAAA